AGCAACAGGUACACUCGACGAUUCACCCGCGGCAGCGAAGAAGCUUUCCCAGACUCGAUUCAUCCCCGCUUGCGGCGGAUCAAUUAGAUCGGUCUCAACAAAAUCACGUAUACCAUAACGUACAUUUUGCACGCGGAUUUGAUUGAGAUGGAGACCUUGCAAAUUUGGACGAGAAAAUUGUAUGUGAAAAGCUUGACACUCGGAUUGGGUAGUACUGCAGGGCUGAUUUGUCUCUACGGGAGCGGUCACGGACUUGUUGCUACCACGUUUACCGUUCUAGGCUUCGGAACUGCAUAUAUCCGUUGGAGGAAUGCGACGCGUUUACCGAUUCACUCGAAGCACGCGGUGAUCGUAACAGGAUGCGACUCGGGACUUGGAUACAGCUUGGCUCUGCACUGUCGCGCCCUGGAUGCAACGGUAAUCGCUGGUGUCUUACAGCCCGACGGCCUGGGUGCUCGGGAUCUGAUACGAAAUGGGAUCAACGUCAUUCCCUUGGACAUAACCAGGAGCGAGAGUAUCGCCCAAUUUGGUACCGAAGCUCGGGAGCUGAUGGCUCAGGAGACGCUUGAUCUUCGCGCGCUCGUGAACAACGCCGGGAUGAUGAUUUUCGGCGAAUUCGAAUGGCAGACUGAGGAGCAAAUGCGACGCCAGGUCGAAGUAAAUCUCCUCGGAACGAUGGGAAUCACCAAGGAGCUUAUGCCGGUCGUCAGGUCAAAGAGGAGCAGAAUCAUCGUCGUCACGAGUCACUGUUCGAGCCAGCCUUUGCCCGGCGUUGCGACGUACGCCGCGACGAAAGCCGGUCUCUCGGCUUGGACGACGGCACUCAGGCUCGAAGUUUCCAAGUAUGGAGUCGAGGUUGUCUGUUUUGUGCCAGGAUCAUUCACCAAGGAUAGUAAUCUACUGUCGAGACAGACCAAACACUUCGCGGACAUGGCAAAUGCGAUGAAGCCUGAAGCGAGAAACUUCUACGGUAGCUACUUCACGAGGUACCGCCGGUAUCUUUCCGAAAUGUCGCGAGAGAUUGCGCCGCAUAAGAUAGAGGAUCCCCUGCUUUAUCAGGCCUUUGACGGCGCUUUAAUGGACGUCUAUCCUCGCAGCGUCUACAAAUGUGAACCGUGGAGAUACACGUUCUAUCACCUACUAUUCAGUACUACACCCACGUUCGUUCGCGAUUGGUUAGUGGAGAAAUUCGUUUCGAUGCCGAGAUGGAAUCCUUCUAUGAAAGAGGCAGAAGAGGAUGCAAUGAUACCGGAACUUCAGAACCUCAAAUCUUAUGAGUCCGAUCAUAUGCCAGACGAUGAAACGGUUCCUAGUUCUGUAAAAUCUAGUCCGGAAGAUGCGUCAACGCACAAAAAUGAUUCGAAUACCUUUACCAAGAGGAACAACUUAUCACGGUGAUGCUACCAGCUACUGUACUUUAAGCCGUCGUUUUUACGAUCACAUUAAUCUCUUCUUCAUAAUCCCGAUACAGUGAUAACUCUGCGUGGUGUAUACUCUCGAAAAAAAUUUGUAAUGUUAAAUUAUACCUAAUACACAGUUUGUCUACCCAAGAGUUUAAUAAUUAUACAUGCAUUUGUAAUG